GUUGUGUGCUGCCACUGCUCACAAAACAAAGCCCCUCUGCGGUAUCUGGCGUUGGAACCUGCCAGAGUUUGUGACAGCUGCUUUGAGAAGCUCAAAGCUGCAAUGGCCAGUGAACUUGAACGAAGUAGGAGGAACAGACAUGUAAUGUUGCACCUGGAGAAAGAUUCCCCAUCAAUACUUUCUGAAGGACCAGCUACAAGCACUCCUGCAGCAAUCAUUAGAGAAGGCAGAGAUUUUGUUGGGAUGAAGCAUGACUCUGGUCUCAGCCUGCAUGCAAUUAUGGACCGGUUCCAGAAGCUAAGAAACAGUAACCACGAGCGACGGAAACCAAACAGUUUCAUACCUUCAGUUCUUAAGGAGGUGCAUGCUAAUGAUGAAGGCUCCGACAUGUGUGGAUAUCUACAUACCUACAGAUCACGCAAGUGGAAGCGACUCUGGUUUGUGGUCAAAGGGAAAGUACUCUACACAUACAAAGCUAGCGAGGACAUGGCUGCUGUUGAAAGUAUGCCCUUGCUUGGGUUCGAGGUGUCCCGGUUACAUACU